ACACACACACACACACACACACACACACACACACACACACACACACACACACACACACACACAGACACACACGGCCUCAUGCCUGAAGUCUGGCGGCGUGACAGCAGCAGUUAACUCGGGGGGAUAAACAGCACGAGACGGGGAACGAUCCGCAUCUGGAUUCUCUCCUGCAGCAUGUUGAUGCAUGUUUGUUCAUGGCUGCUGUGACUAAAGUAUUUUAGUCGGUGUUAAUGAUGCGUGUGGAUCUUGGAGGUUCCACAACUUGGUCUUCAACUAGAAUGGAAAAGUUCAUAUACUUGUCCUUGUGUUUAACUUCAUACGGAGUUCCACACAGAACCCAGUACUGAAGAACCUUCUGAAGGAAUCUAAAAAAAAAAAACAGUUACACAGUCAGAGGCUGAGGCUUGAGCACUGAUUCAUCUGAACUCUCUAUAAAAGUUGCUUUAUUUUAUUUAUUUAUUUUAUUUAUUUAUAUUAAAUGUUGUGGAUUCAGUAACAUCUCUGGGCCUCGUGUUCAUGCGCAGACAUGAUGAAAAGAACAGCUGCACACAUCUGGACCCGCGUUCUCUUCACCUGGUUUCUUGUCGAGACGGAUGGAAAAAUUCCAGAUGUGCAUGUGACCUGUCAGUACUCUGAGGACUGCGUCCUUCCCUGCAGCUUUUCCCCUUCAGGCAGGGAGGAGAUCCGCUGGUUCAGACACGACGUCCUCAUUUACGCUCAUCCACAGAGCACAAAGUGGCACGAGCAGCUUUUUAGGAGCAGGACGUCUGUUCCAGAUGAUGCACUGUCACUCGGGAACGCGUCACUCCUGCUGCAGCGCUGUGUGCUGAGCGACAGGGGGCGCUACAGGUGUCAGGUGACAACAGGGGAAAAAACUAAUGACUACAUCAUCUUACUCAAAGUGGAAGCUCCGAUCCGCUCGGUGAACCUCGAGGUCACUCGUCUGAGCGGUUUUGAGGAGGUCAAGUGCUCCACGUACGAAGUUUAUCCUGCUCCUCACAUCUUCUGGUCCACUGAUCCGCCCACACCCGUGGAGAAGCUCAAAUACACCACCAGAAAAAUGCCUGAUGAGCAGGGGCUGUACAUCAUAGAGAGUAAACUGAAGAGACUGGGACAGCGGAGCGAUCUCAGCUACAUCUGCACCAUGAACUCAUCCUCUGCUGCUCAGAUGUGGACGGCAUCACUCGCUGAGACAGUUCAGAACAACGUCACAUUCGAAUCGAAGGUGUACUCGUUCUCCACCUGGAUGGAAAUCAAUUCGACUGAAGGUCAGGACAUCACCAUCCCCUGCAGAAGCCCCUGGAACCUGCAGAACUUCACACUGACCUGGUCCUUCACCAGAGCCGACACGUCCACCAUCAUCUGCACUUAUGACAGCAAAACACAGCUUAUCUCCAACCUCUGGAACGGCACGGCGCAGCUCGACCCCCAGCGUGUACAGCAAGGCGACAGAUCCCUGCGACUGCUCGCCGUCCAGAGCCUGGAACACAUGGGAACGUACACGUGUAACAUCUCAGCAUCCCAAAGGAACCACAUGGGACAAACCCGGGUUAACAUCACGUCACAGCGAGCUGAAAGCAAGGACCUGAAGGUGGUGAGCUCCAGGCCCUGGUGGAUUCCCCUCGUCGUCGUUAUCGUCCUGGGUAUCGUCAUGGCAGCUGCUAUUGUAGGAAUUGUAAAAUUACAAAAAAAGUCCUCACGCUCCAAACCAACAGGAACAGCCAAAUAUUCCAAGGAGGUUAAAGUUACUGUAGACAAGAGUGAAGAAUUAACAGAAGGAAGUCAUUUAACAUCGGAUCAAAGUAAAGAGGACAUGUGAGGAGGACCGAAGCCUCAACGGGAUUUCAUCAGAGGAAAAGGAACCGAGAGCAGAAGCUGAGCUGCAUCUGGACGCUCGCUGCUGGACGUUUCUUCGAGAUAAAGCGAUUUUUAUACCUCUUAUUUUGCACAGAACUCUGAGACGUGAUGCUGCCGUUCGUUUCGGAUCACGUCACAGCUUCAGAACUCAACAAUAUGACUUAUAUGACAAUAUGACACCAGUUACAGCGACCCACUGAAAUCACACACUUCUAUUAAAUCAAAUAAAAAACUUACAAUCUUACAAUUUUACUCUUA